AUGCCACCGAAGAAAAAGAGUGAUGGUGAGGAACGUCCUCCACUAAUGGGUCGAAUUGGGACGAAUUUAAAGAUGGGUAUUCUUGGAGUGCCAAAUGUCGGUAAAAGCACAUUUUUUAAUGUACUUACGAAAAGUCAAGCACAGGCAGAAAACUUCCCUUUCUGCACAAUUGAUCCUAAUGAAAGUCGUGUGCCAGUGAACGACAAUCGUUUUGAUUGGUUAGUUGAACAUUUCAAACCAGCUAGCAGAGUUCCGGCAUUUUUGAAUGUUGUUGAUAUUGCUGGUCUAGUAAAAGGUGCUUCUGAAGGACAAGGUCUUGGCAAUGCUUUUCUUUCGCAUGUAAGUGCAUGUGAUGCGCUCUUCCAUCUUUGCCGGGCAUUUGAUGAUGACAAUGUAACGCACGUCGAAGGUGAAGUUAAUCCAGUUCGAGAUCUUGAAAUAAUACAGAAUGAACUUUACCAAAAAGAUUUACAAUAUUUGGAAGGUGCCAUAGAUAAGUUGGAGAAAGUUGUUAUUCGAGGUGGCGAUAAGAGCAGGAAACUGGAGUAUGACACACUGCUGAAGGUACAAAAGCUACUGGAAGAGAAGAAGCAGCCUGUUCGUUUGGCAUUUUGGAAUGAAAAGGAAGUUGAAGUUCUAAAUCAUCAUCUUCUGUUGACUGCUAAACCCAUCGUUUACUUGAUAAAUCUUUCAGAUUCAGACUAUAUACGGAAGAAAAACAAGUGGCUGUCAAAAAUCAAAGCAUGGUUGGAUGAAAAUGAUCCACAUGCAGUUUGCAUUCCAUUCAGCGGCACGUUGGAGCUCAAACUUAUGGAGAUGCCUGAAGAUGAACGGAGUGUUUUUCUGAAAGAACAAAACACAACGAGUGCGUUGGAUAAAAUAGUGAAGACUGGCUACAAGGCUUUGCAACUUGAAUAUUUCUUCACAUGUGGAAAAGAUGAGGUGAAAGCGUGGACAAUUCAGAAGGGAACAAAAGCACCUCAAGCAGCGGGAAGAAUUCAUACAGACUUCGAGAAAGGCUUUAUUAUGGCAGAAGUGAGCAAAGUAAAUGAUUUGAUGGAAUUGGGCAGUGAGAACGCAGUGAAAGCAGCUGGCAAGUACCGACAACAAGGCAGAAAUUAUGUGGUUGAGGAUGGAGAUGUGCAAUUCAUACCUAUCGCCACUCAGGGUCAGGCUGGCCAACAACCCACGCAAGUGCAGCUGAUACCAGUCACAGGACCUGGACAAACUCAGCAGUUCCUUGUUAUACAGCAACCUGCUAUUGCUGGUCCAUCUAUCCCGAUUCAGCCUGCUACCGCUAUUCAUCCAACUAAUCAGUUCUAUAUUGUGCAGCAGCCUACAACAGGGCCCAAUCAGGCACCACAGCAGAUUGCAUUUAUACCAUUGCAAAUGCAUGCAGCUCCAGACACAAAACCGGUAAUAACUGCUUUACCGGCACAACAGCAAUCAAAUGUGCAGCAAAUUCGGAAUGUUGAUCCGCAGCCACCACCAGUAAUGAAUCCAAAGCAAGAAAUUAAUGAUAAUACUAAUGGUGUCACUACUCAACAGAGGAUAAAAUUAGACCCUAAUGAUCCCCAGAAGUGGAUAAUCACUACAGCAACAGCAGAUUCUAUUGAAACACCUAAUCAAGGAUAUCGUUAUAAUCGCCAAAAUGAUUUUGAUGCUACAACGAGUGCUUCUACUGUUAGUCAACAAUUAGGAUACAAACAGCAGAAAACGCCCAAAAGAACAGCCUGCAACUGUCCUAAUUGUCAGAAUAGUGCGAACAAUAAAUUGGUGAAAAGCGGGGAAAAGCAGCGUUUGCAUGUCUGCCAUUUAUGUGAAAAAACAUAUGGUAAAACGUCACAUCUACGAGCACAUCUAAGGGGGCAUGCGGGGCAGAAGCCAUUUGCAUGUGAUUGGGCCCAUUGUCAAAAAAGGACUCAUUCUACGGUCCGUGGACAUAAUUCAGAAUUAAGUGCCCGAGCGCGUGCUGCUGUGGAUGCGACAGUAAGAGCAGUAGCAUCAGCAGAAGUAAAUUCAACUCAAACAAAUUUGAUGAGUGCACAAUCAGCUAUCAUUAAUUCAAACUAG